GGUACAGUAGACGACGAGUCAGAGCGUUAAACUUUUCUGUCCGUUCCGCUCGACACAGACAGAGACACACAGCCAGGCUGUUUACUACAGCAUUCUGCUGCUUAACACACAGCAAUUCCAAAGAUCCAACAUGCAAAUGACACAAAGACACUAGUUCAGAGAGAUAAGAUGGAGGACGUGGCCUCAGCCCCGGUUCUCGCAGGCCCGUCCCAGCCCACGUUUUCCCGCCCGCCGGCCUCCGAGCGUCGGACACGCAAGUCCGGCACGGCCAACAUCUUUCAGGGGGUGAACCUGCGGCAGCUCAAACGGCUCUUCCAGGCGGCGGGCGACCCGGAUGCUGAGCAGAGAGCCCGCAUGGUGUGGGGGAACCGGAGAGCAGCGUCCGGCGAGGACGGGGCAGAGGGGGAGGAAGAGGACGAGGAUAGAGGGAUGGCAGAGGUGGAGACGGGUUUGGCGCAGGCGCUGGUGGGACUCAGAGUCCGAGCGCGGAACAGAAGCGGCCUCAGGGUGGAGUCUCAUAAAGACACGACGGGAACGAGAUGGGUCAGAGCAUUUGGACACCUCAGGAUCAACGAGUGCUCACUGGGACAGGCGUCUGAAGUCAUAACUGGAGAAGAUAAUGACGACAAUGAUGAUGCUAAUGAUGAUUCAUCUGCUUUGGGAGCCUGUGGAGGGCAGAGCCCUUCUGAGGCUGGAUCAUGUGACCAAGGUGACUUCCCAUCCCCGGAGGAGGAGACUCAGGGGCCCUCAGGCGGCCCCCGAUGGAGCUGGAACGCCGUUCAGGAGAAGGACCCUGAACGCUACCUGCAUCGGAUCCGACACUGACGCCGGCAGCGGGAAGUGGAGCAGUGUGGGAUUACCGCCGCCUGAACGCAUUCAAUCAGAUUACAGCCUGAGAGACUCGCCGUCACCGCAGAUUUACUUGAAGCAAUCAAACGCUAGUCUUAAUCAAGCAAUGAUCAACACUACAGCACCUGCAACAGUCCGGACAUUAACAAUAAUCCAGCAGGAUCUGAGUCCUGCUGUACCUUAACGAACUGUUUACGGGUUUGUGCCAUUCUCACAAAAUCAGUCAAACACUAUUAGAGGGUUAGUUUACUCAAAAAUGAUCAUUUAUACUCGUGCUCAUGUUGUUUCAAACCCCAGACGACAGAACACAAAAGAUACUCAUGCUGCUCUUUUCUACAAAAUGUGAACAGUGUUGAGUUCCAAAAAAAUGACAAAAUCACCACAAAACUGUCACUACAUUCAAAGUCAUAUGCAUAUGUAAUAUACUACAUGAGUCAUAUAGACUAUUUUUAACUGCGUUUUUGGUCAUUUUUGUAGGGAUGCACCGAUAUGAAAAUUUGGGCCGAUACCGAUAAUUCUUUAUAUUUGAAAGCACAUAACCGAUAUAUUGGCCGAUAAAUCCAAUUUUUUAUAUAAUUUCUGGGAGCCUCACGUUAAAAGCCAUGUCCCAAGCACACGUAUAAUGUUAUAUGUAAGCUGUUAAAAUGUUCUCUUUAUAAUUUUAUGUAGCCUAAAUGACAGCACAUCUUGCACUUAAGGGAGACACUACAGGCAAAAACACUGUUUUUUCAUACACCCGUCAAUUUUGAGAUUUUGGGGUUUUUGGCUUUUCAUAAAGUGUUUUUUCGGACUGGUGGAAAGAAAACAUCCAAAAUACACUUAAGUGUAUAUUUUAUAGCACUUUAUCUAUUUCAAUUACGGUAAAUAUCUUUAAAGGCCGUUUUCUCAAAAUUAGUUUUUUUUCUCCUGCUCUGAAUCAGAAAUGCUUGAGCAGAACUUACAUACACCAAACUUUACAGUUUUAUUCCUAUCCAUAUUCUGAAGGUUUUUACAGAGGUGUCUGGUUAUCGGCCAAUAAUCGGUAUCAGCCGAUAAAAGCAGAUUUUCACACUGUCAGCUAUCAGUCGAUAGUUUAAAAACAGCCGAUAGUCAGGGCCAAUAUAUCUUGUCAAUCAAAAGAGGGCAGGGAAAUGCACUGAAUUUGUGCUUUGUGUAAAGAAAAUGCUAAGAAACCAGUUUGAUGUUCAAUAUUAAUAGUAAUUAUAUUAAUCAAUAACAUUCAGAAAGUUAAGAAAUAUUAAUAAUAAGAAAGUUAAGAAAUAUUAAUAUUAAUUUGAAUAAUGUGUUUGUUUAUAACUGAUACCAGUUCCUCUGAAACAAGUUGAUGAAAUGGAGAGAAUAAAGUUUUUAUUUGCAUUGCUUUCAAAAUAUAAUGAUUAAUUAUAAUGAAGCUAUCAUUAACUUAAAAGAAGGUAUAAAAGGCAGAAUCCCCAAACUAUCCGUAUCAUUAUCGGGAGAUAUCACUCAGCUGAAUAAUCGGCCGUUGGUAAAAUUUAGUAUCAGUGCAUCUCUAGUAAAAACCUUUUACUCUAAUGUCAAAAUAAUGAAACAAGAAUUUUAAACCUGAUUUCAUCCAAUAUUCAGUUGAAAUGUAUGCAAAUUAGUGCAUAUUUAAUUUGCAUAUUUAAACAUAACAUUUCAGAAAACUUGUGAUACAAAAAAUGUUUGCAAUUCUUAAUGUAAUCAAUCAACUGGGGAAGUAUGGUGAUAUCUAUUAAUUUUUUUAUCCUGUUCACCUGGGGUCUCUUGCCUUUUUUCUUUUUUGAAGUGAUUCCAAUCAGAUUUCAAACCAUUCAAAACCAUCAUGGUGAACAGCGCACAUCUGAAGUGUCUCAGCUGAAGGAAAUAAUCCAUUAUUUAUCGGCUUUAAUAUAUCGGCCAAAUAAUGAUAACAUUAAAAAUGAACAUAUCGGCCGAUACCGAUAUGGUGGCCGAUAUAUUGUGCAUCCCUAAUUUUUUGCGUCCGUGCUCAUUCACUGUCAUUGUGCUCAUUGUGAUUAUACUGAAAAGAGAAACCGUACUGGUUUGGAACAACAUGGGCGAGUAAAUGGCAAAAGCUGAAUUUUUGGUGAACUAUCUCUUUAAAUGCAGUGAUUUAAGUCUCAUUGAAGCUUCCAGAGCCCCUGUCAGAUAUUAUUUUCCACAUAUGAAUGUAUGGGGCUGAAAAGUGUUGGGUUUCUAUUAUUUAAUGAUAUGUGCUAGUAUUUUUUCUUUCAAAACACUAGUUUCUCAGUAGUUUCUCCUUUUUCAGGGAGUGUUCUGCCUUCCGGUGGCGUUUAAUGUUCAAUAUCUAAAAAAAUAUAAAAGAAUGUAUUUGCAUUUUGCUGCAACAGCGCAGUUCUCUUCAAAUCAUUAGUGUUGUUUUAGAUGUGUUAGCCUGUGGUAAUAUGUAAAUGAUGCAUUAGUACAGUAUUAUCACCUGUAGAGCUAUGCUGGACACUAAUCAAUAGUGCUGAUUAUUUAAUGUCUUCUUCUGUCACUUCGACAGACAUUUACAAGCAAUACGGAUGAAAACAUGUAGCCGAAAUCGAUUUCUCUGAACACUACUACAUGCACAAGAUCAAGAGUUAUUUUUCUCAUUGUCACUAAGCUGGAACUUCCAAUUAAAUAGUUUUUGAAAUAAAACUCAA